AUGACCUCUGCACUCCCAGCGCCCAACUGCAGGAUCCAACCACGAGUGGCUUGUGCCCACACCCGCAUCAUUUGUGCUUGCUGGACUGGCUUAGGCAUCAUCGUCAUCUUGAUAUGUGUGUCCAUCAAGGCCGCAGCAGGCCACUAUUUGCAGUAUGCCAUGAGUGUCUUGAUCCUCCUUCGAGCUCGAGCCAUGCUGAUCGUUGCCCACUCUUCGCAGGCCAUUUCCACACCACGACCUCAGCAGCACUCGGGGCGCUUCAAGAAACUCAGGCUCGCUAUGACAAGGAGUCCUCAUCCAGUUUCUCCACCACCUGUACCCACACCAGCACCGCCCACCGCCCCACCACUUGCUGCUACUCCUAUGACCUUCACAGCCCACGUACGACACCUAUUCACCUGGCGACUCGAUCACGCAGCGCCACCCAUCGUUGAAGUUCCUUUUGCGGGCGGCGACUCGGCGAGUCUCAUUAGGUUUAUUUAA